AGCAGAGAGAAGGGCAACGCAAAAGCAGCAUCCAUCAUCCAACCAUCCGUCCAUCCAUCUAUUCUUCUACCGGGGCUACAGCCAAUCGGUUUAAUAAAGAGAGAAAGAAGCGCCCAGAAGUAGCUGCUUGUUUUCAGGCCACACUCAUAUCUAGAAAAAAUGACUAAAGAGGACACUGCUGAUGUAGAGGAGGCCCAGCCUGCCUCCGAGUUUACCAGUCCAAAACAUGAAUCUCGCAAAAAACCCAUAGUCCACCCAUCUGCCCAAGCUCCACUCCCCAAAGACUAUGCCUUCACAUUCUUUGAUCCGAAUGAUCCAGUCUGUUUGGAGAUUUUGAUAGACCCCUGCACCACCAUUCCUGAGCUGUUUGCUAUAAUCCGUCAGUGGGUCCCACAAGUGCAGCACAAGAUCGACAUAAUUGGGGAAGAGAUUUUAAAGCGUGGAUGUCAUGUUAAUGACCGUGAUGGGCUGACCGAUAUGACUCUACUCCACUACAGCUGCAAAGCAGGGGCUCAUGGAGUUGGUGACCCUGCGGCAGCCCUCAGGCUGACCAAUCAGCUAAUUGCUUUGGGUGCAGAUGUCAGCCUCCGCAGUCGUUGGACCAACAUGAAUGCCCUCCACUAUGCUGCUUAUUUCGAUGUUCCUGAGCUGAUCCGGGUUCUGCUUAAAGCUUCUAAACCUAAAGUACUCAACUCUACCUGCAGUGACUUCUAUUAUGGCACAGCCCUGCACAUUGCUGCCUCCAAUCUCUGCCUGGGAGCUGUCAAAUGUCUUCUGGAACAUGGAGCCAACCCUUCUGUCAGAAAUGACAAGGGCCAAGUCCCUGCUGAUGUAGUUCCUGAUCCCAUGGACAUGACCCUGGACAAAGCAGAAGCAGCCAUGGUGGCUAAAGAACUAAAACAAAUACUGUUAGAUGCCCUUCCUCUCAGCUGUAAUCUUCCUCGCAUCACCUUGCCCAACUAUGACAACAUUCCUGGCAACCUCAUGCUGUCUUCUCUUGGUCUGAAGUUGGGUGACCGAGUGUUUCUGGAUGACAUGAAGACGGGUACACUUCGUUUUUGUGGAACCACUGAGUUUGCUAGUGGCCAGUGGGUGGGCAUUGAGCUGGAUGAGCCAGAAGGCAAGAAUGAUGGGAGUGUAGGUGGAGUCCGUUAUUUCAUCUGCCCUCCCAAACUGGGAAUCUUUGCCCCUGUUUCUAAAAUAAAAAAAGUUGUGGAUCAAACCCCUUCCUCAGUCACCUCCACUCCCAAAACCCCUCGCAUGGACUUUUCCCGUGUCACUGGCAAAAUCAAGAAAGAGAAAAAUAAGAAAGAUCGCGAGAAGUCUUUGAGAAAGAAAUCUCUGUCGGUGGCUAGUCUGGAUCCUGAUGGAGUGAAGAUUGAAGUGGGGGACCAGGUUUUAGUGGCUGGACAGAAACAAGGAAUUGCGUUUUAUGGAAAAACAGACUUUGCACCAGGGUUUUGGUUUGGUGUUGAAUUAGAGCAGCCCACUGGGAAACAUGAUGGUUCUGUGUUUGGAGUUCGCUACUUCAGCUGCCUGCCCAAAUUUGGAGUGUUUGCACCACCUUCACGUGUUCAGAGAAUUGGAGGGCCGAAAGAAUCCCAGGGUGAUGGGAAGCUGGUGAAGAAAGUUCACCAGGUGACUAUGUCCCAGCCAAAGCGUAAUUUCAGUGCGGUGAGGUCUCCCAAAGACAUCACAUCUGAGAACUCCAUAUCCAGGUUGCUGUUCUGCUGCUGGUUUCCCUGGAUGCUACGUGCAGAAAUGCAAUCCUAAACAAUCUGCUUAAUUCCCCUACUUCCCAAAUAUUUCUAUUCUUUUCAAAAUGACACAUUUCUUGUUCAUUCAUUUACAUUUAUUCAUUUGGCAGACGCUUUUUUCAAAGCGACCUACAAAUGAGUUCAAACAUGAAGCUA